AUGCGGCAACGGUGGACUUUGGCGACGGAGGAUCGGACCGGUUCGGCUUUGGCGAGAGAAAAUCGGAUACGGCAACGGAUCGGCUUUGGCGACGGAGAAUCGGAACAGGCAACGGCGGAUCGUGGCGACGGAGAAUCGGAACAGGCAACGGCGGAUCGGACGUCACCGGCGACGGCGGAUUGGAUUACGGUGGGGAUUUGCGCUACGAACGGAUUUCGACGCCGAGCUCAGCUUUCGAAAAAGGGACUCGACUUUUAG